CCGAGUGAAAUGAACGCGUACUUUCUCUCCGCCUUUUUCAUCGGCGCACUCCAUUGUGUCACGCCAGCGACGGUAAAAUGGCUGCCGAAUACCAGCUUCAAUUUGCCCACGAGUUUCAAAAAUGGAAAGCUGCCCUGCCCGAAGCAGACGGUCGUUUUCCCCGAAAGUACGAUAAAUGCGAUCGAGAUUGACUCCGAUAUAUCCAUCAGUGAGUUGGUACUGCCCAUGGAAGGAGAGCUGUUGUUUGGGAACGCGGAGGUUUCGUUCGGGCCGUCAAUCGACUCCAACUGCACAGAUGAUGGUAAUGUUUUCUACUUGGAGAAGUCGAUAUCUUCGUGGGCGCAACCAGACGUGUGGAGUUCUCCCAAGUUCAACGAGGCCACCCCCGAUGCGGAGAGAAUACCCUGUUUCGAGGAUAUAGUCGAGUUUCCAGAGAAGGCACAAUUCUCGCUACUCCUUCCGGACCAGACACAGCGAGUGCGGGAAAUAAGGAUAGCUGGGGUCACCUUGGGCCAUGAGGAGCAGGUUCUCGACUUCGUGUCCAUGAGCUACAGUGGGCCUCAACAGUUCGUGUUGAAUAAAUUCGGUGAUCUCGGAUUAGAGGUUCGACUAGAAAACUGUAAGUCGGUCUCCGGGUGUCCGUGUCAGAAUGAAAUCCUCAAGGUCGAUUGCUCGUCGAAAUUCUGCCCAAAGCCGACUUGUGUCAACCCCAUCCAGCCGGUCGGGCACUGCUGCAAGAUUUGCGGCGGCUCCAUACUAUUCGGCAUAGAUAAAAGCUUCGAUUUGCUAUCGUUUGAAGAAUUUGUCGAUUCAAUCGUGUCUAGCUACGGAAAGGAAGGUCUCGUUUACCACAUAGGAAGAUUGCCGGAUGACAGAGUGCAGGUAGUUGUCGUCGACAAGGGGGAGUAUUCGGGCACCAGUGCGGUGGUCAUUAACGAUAUCAGCCACAAGAUGGAGAAGCAUUCAUUUCACGAGACCCUUUUAAGUGGAAGUCCCUUGGAUGAGGCCGGGGUAGGCGGUCGUACGUUUGUGACGGUGCUACUGCUUGUGGUAGCGUUCAUGGGGACCGUCUACUUGUAUUACUACAAGGUGCCUGACGUGAGGCUACUUCGUUCCGGUGUGCUGAGGUACAAUCAGAGAUCAGAGAGUGUUGUUUCUUUGACUCGCCGAGACUCUGGCGUGGGGGUCAACACAGGACUGUCCAGAGCCUCCUUCAGAAAUCCAUUAUACGAUUCUAAAAGGCAGCGAGUGAUUGUCGAAGAGUCAACCCUGGAAGAUGAAUAAAGUUGGUGUUAAAUGUAAAAGUAAAAAGAUUUGUGAAAUAUAAAAGUAAAGCAACAACGGUAGACCAAAAUCGUUAGAAUUCAAAUUAUUAUAAUAUUUGUGAUUUAAAAUAUAGCAGAUAUUAAUUAAAUGUCUUAAAAUAAGAGACAACUAUACUUUUCACACACGGAGUUUUGAAUGGGAUAGAAAAUUAAUUAGUUUGGUAAUGCGAUAAGUUGAUAGUUUAUGAAAAUCGUGCAAAUCACUAGAUAUCUUCUGUAAGAAACUCGUUAAAAUCUAAAAUAAAACAUCAUCAGUUAUCGCUAAGCCCGGUAUGCCAUUAAAAUAACCCAGAGUAAGAAAAACCAUUCCAAAGUCGUUAGUAACCGUCAGAUUUUCAUGGAAAAGUGCAGUUAUUUGAGACAGGUUUAAUAUUGCGAUCGUAAGUCAUAUCUAAGAAAACUCCACUUUUGAAAUAUAAAAUUCUUUAUGAA